AUGCCCAAAACCCUCAAGCUCGCCGUUGCGCAAGCGCGCACCCUGGACACCACUGCUGAGACAGUCCGGGCGCUUGAGCAGAUGACGCGCAAAGCCGCAGCGCAGGGCGUCGACCUGAUCCUCUUCCCGGAAGCGUACCUGGGCGGCUACCCGCGGACGUGCAGCUUCGGGGCCUGUGUCGGCGCACGCGACCCGGUCGGACGCGAGCAGUUCCUGGCCUACUUCAACGACGCCGUCGAUCUGGGCGACACGCCGCUGGAUGCGGGCGACGACUGGGUGGAGCGUCGGCUGCCGGUAGCGCGGGGCGCUAAGUACCGCGGUGACGGCACGCGCGAGGAGCUGGAGCGCAUCGCGCGCGAGACGGGCGUCUUCGUGGUGACGGGCCUGGUUGAGCGCAGCGGCGGCAGCCUGUAUUGCUCCGUCAUCUACGUGUGCCCGCAGCGUGGUGCCAUCGGCAAGCGCAGGAAGCUCAUGCCCACCGGCAGUGAGCGCUUGAUCUGGGCUCAGGGUCAGGCGAAGACGCUCAAGGCCGUGACGGCAACGAUAAAGGGCGUCAAGUUGACUUUUGCCGCCGCCAUCUGCUGGGAGAACUUCAUGCCGCUGACGCGCUUUGCCAUCUAUUCGCAGAACGUCAAUCUGUACUUGGCACCGACGGCCGACGCAAGGGAUACGUGGUUGCCGCUCAUGAGGACUGUCGCAAAUGAAAGCAGGGCUUAUGUUCUCUCCUCCAACCAGUGCGUCAAAAGGAAGCACCUGCCCGCCUGGGUUCGGGAUCCACAGGGACAGAAGAAAGAGCAGGGCCACGUGGUGGAGCCGAAGCUCAAGUCUGGGCGUAGGAGGUCCACGCUAACGAUUGAGGAGGAGGGCCACGAGAUCUGCAUCCCCACCAAGGAGGUCAAUGGCCACGGUCCUAACUCAUCCGCCAUUUCUGAAGAUGAUGACGUGAGGCCCACUCUCCCAGCGCUUCAGUCUUCCUCUUCUGCUGCCGACGAGGAAUUCGUCUGCAGAGGUGGCUCUUGCAUCGUUGGCCCGUACGGCGAGGUUCUGGCUGGGCCUUCUUGGGAAAUUGAAGAAGAUGUUCUGGCGGUCGAGGUGGACUUUGAGGAGUGCGAAAGGGGCCGCCUUGAUAUCGAUGUUGCUGGUUCCUACGCUCGCCAUGAUGCUUUCAAGUUCACUGUUGAGGGCCUGGAUCUGGCCCCGCCUCCUUGA